AGUAAGGCGCUAGCGUUAGCUUUCAGUUUCUUUGUGCUAUCAUCGCUAACAGGAUGGUUUUUGUUGUGUGAGCUGAAUAUUUUACUGGCUAUAGUGACAAAUAUCUUCUAUUCUUCUGCACAGAGAGCGAAUAUCUACCGCCGUCAAAGAAAUAUUCAACAACCUCGAGCUUUAGGAGGAAGAGAUGAUCGGCAUCACAUCGGGCUUUCUGCAGCAUCACAUCGGUUCCCACCUGACAGGUUCUGGCUGAUCAUCUGCUUGGAACAGAGAAGAAGAACUAUUGUUGAGAAAAUAUCCCAAACACGGUAGAAAUGAAGGAGGAACCAGAACCUGUGCAGGUCAAAGUGGAACAUGAAGAUUUGGAAAUUGUGCAGGUCAAAGUGGAACAAGAAGAUUUGGAAAUUGUCCAGGUCAAAGUGGAACAAGAAGAUUUGGAAAUUGUCCAGGUCAAAGUGGAACAUGAAGAUCAAUGCAGUGAUCAAGAUGAACAGCUUGCAGUGAAACAGGAGCCUGAAACAUUUACAGUGACUCCCACUAAUGAGCAAACAGGCAACAGUGAACCAGAAUCAAGCAGAAAUAAAGAUCUGGAACCAGAGAAGAGACACCAGGACAACAGAAAUCACACAGAAAAUGUAGAACUGGAAGACAAUGCACAACUAAAAAGGUGCAGAAACACCCUGUUGUCUUGUGACAUAUGUGGUAAAUUGUUAUCUUCAUGUCAACAGCUGACUGUGCAUAUGAGAGCUCACCCAGGAGAGAAGCCUUUCUCAUGUCUGACAUGUGGAAAAGGCUUUAACUGGAAAUCUUCCUUAUCUAUGCACUUGAGAACUCACACACGUGAGAAACGGUAUGAUUGUAAAUUGUGUGACAAAUCUUUCAUACGAAGUAGUGAUCUGACUUGUCACAUGAGAACUCACACAGGUGAGAAGCCAUAUUCUUGUCAGUGGUGUGAUAAAUCUUUCAGACAGACUUGUGAUUUGGCUCGUCAUCUUCGAACUCACACUGGUGAGAAGCCUUAUUCUUGUGAACUAUGUGACAAAUCUUUUAGACAACGCAGCAAUUUGGCGCGUCACCUUAGGAUUCACUCAAGUAACAACCCGUAAUUCAGUUUCAUUCAGUUUUUAUUAUGUCUGUAAACAACAAAUGUCAUCUCAAGCUGCUUUCCAGGACAUAUUUUUGUACAGAAAUGUAUAGUAAAAUCAACUAAUUUCAUAUAGAUUAAAAAUGACUUUUAUACAAUCCAUUUCAAUGAUACUUAUAAAGCUCUUAAAAAUGCUUGGAUGACUUUUCUGUUUCUUCAUUCUCUGCUAAUUAGCAUCUACAUGGAAUUGGUGUGCGUAUGUAUACUUCCAUAACUUUCACAUUUAUUCAGAAUUUAACUUUCAUCCAUGUUGGCGAUGUACAAAUUGUGCACAUUAAAGUAGUUGAUACAUAA